AUGUUCAUAUUGAUAAUUGCAUUCUUUUCUUGCAACUCUUUAGGCUUCGAAGAUUUGGGAGACCAACCUUCGACAAGACCCAAUGUUGAAUUUGAAGAAGCACUUGAUUUUGUAUCAAUUGAAAUUCUAAGACAGAUGGAAGCUGCUUGUUCAGAAUUGGUUAACAACCUUGAGUACAUAUCAAAAAUCAUGGUAGAAAAGGAGACAGCAUGUUCCCUUAAAAAUAACAUUGAAAAGGCCAUUGUUGGUGCAAUUGAAAUUAACAACGAAGUUAAAGAAGUUCUUGCCAAAAACGACGCCAAAGGCGUUUCAAUUAUGGCUUCAAAUAUAUUGAAAAUAUUCCAAAGAACAAACUUUGAAGAUUUUAUGAAAAGAUUUAUCUUUUCCAAAAAAAUAUUAAAAAGUAGAAUGUCUAAAUUAAAAAUGGGAACAGAUGAAAGAAGACUCGCAGAAAGAGCGAUUAAUAAUGUAGCCAGUGGACCUGACUAUAUAUUGAAAUUCGUUGAAAAGUUGAAAGAACACGAAAAAUAUAAAAACGAUAGAAAUAUCGAUUUGAUUAGAGGUCGAAUAAGGGACAUUCCAAGACCAUAUAAUUAA